CGCACGUACGAGUCGCCCUGCCGCAGCCCGCCGGUGGCGCAGGUGUCUGGGGACCCCGAGCGUCUAGCCUGGGAGCAUGAUCGUGGACAAGCUGCUGGACGACAGCUGCGGCGGAGAGGGGCUGCUGGACGCGGCCGGCGACUGCGGCCUCAUGACCAGCCCGCUCAACCUGGCAUACUUCUACGGCGCCUCGCCGCCCUCGGCCCCCGGAGCCUGCGACACGGGCUACCUGUCCGCCGUGCCCUCCGCGCCCGGCUCGCCCGGCUCCGACUCCUCCGACUUCUCCUCCACUUCCUCCGUGUCCUCCUGCGGGGCCGUGGAGUCCCGCCCGAAAGGUGGCGCGCGCGCCGAGCGCCCGCAAGUUGAGCCCCAUAUGGGGGUUGGCAGGCAGCAGAGAGGACCAUUUCAAGGUGUUCGAGUGAAGAACUCGGUGAAGGAACUCCUCCUGCAUAUCCGAAGUAACAAACAGAGGACUUCUGGCCAGUCAGUGGAUGAGUUUAAGACACAGAGCACGAACACUGAGCAACACACGGAAUUAAAGAGUGCAGUAUCUGCAGUGGGGAAAAGAAAGGGGACUGAUAUUCCGUCCGAUGGACCAGUUUGCAAAAGGCCAGCUCUGUUGCCUACUCACUUUGUGACAUCAUCCCAAACACCUGCAGCUGGGGAGAGCAUGGAAGAUGUUUGUCACAAUGAAUCCAAGCUGGAGAGUCGUGCUGCUCUGCUUCAGAACAUUAUAAACAUUAAGAACGAGUACAGCCCAGUUUCACUGAACACUGUCCAGGUUAGCUGGAUGAGCCCCGUGGUACCACAGAACUCUCCAAGAGACCAAUGCCAGGACUUCCAUGGAGGACAGGUCUUCUCUCCGCCUCAGAAAUACCAACCAUUCCAAGUCAGUGGCUCUCCACAAAUGAUGGACCAGGCUUCUAUGUACCAGUAUACACCACAAACCCAGAACAUGCAGCAGCCACUCCCGCCACCGCCGCAGCAACAGCACUAUCCACACAACCCAACUCUGCAGUUCAGUCCUUAUUCCCAAACGGCCCAGUCUCCGAAGUAUGAAUCGAACCUCUUUGAUAAUCAAGAUCCACAGUUCUGCGCGGGCCAAAGUUUCGUGUCUCUUCUGAGUGGCCAAGGAGAAUCUGAGAAUGUUGCUGUCCCCGUUCAGGCUGCCCCCAUCGUCCCACCGCAAAAUGAGGUUCACCUGCAGAACUUUAGCCUGAUGCCCAAUAGUGCCUGUGAGGCAGUCGGGGUGCACGAUGCUGGCUCGCCCUCCUUAGGUGCUUCCCCAUCACUCCAGAACAUCCUGGGAAGCCCAAUGAACACCACACAGCUAGGGAAGUCGUUUUUUCAGUGGCAGGUAGAGCAGGAAGAAAGCAAAUUGGCAAAUAUUUCCCAAGACCAGUUUCUCUCCAGGGAUGCAGAUGGCGACACGUUUCUCCACAUUGCCGUUGCCCAGGGGAGGCGAGCACUUUCCUACGUCCUUGCAAGAAAGAUGAACGCCCUCCACAUGCUGGACGUCAAGGAGCACAAUGGGCAGAGCGCCUUCCAGGUGGCUGUCGCUGCCAAUCAGCACCUCAUUGUGCAAGAUCUGGUGAACCUUGGUGCCCAGGUCAACACCACCGACUGCUGGGGAAGAACCCCUCUGCACGUGUGUGCAGAGAAGGGCCACUCCCAGGUGCUCCAGGCAAUCCAGAAGGGAGCGGAGAGGAGCAAUCAGUUUGUGGAUCUUGAGGCGACCAACUACGAUGGCCUGACUCCCCUCCAUUGUGCCGUUGUGGCUCACAACGCUGUGGUCCAUGAGCUGCAGAGGAAUCAACAGCCUCGUUCGCCUGAAGUGCAGGAUCUCUUACUGAAGAAUAAGAGUCUGGUGGACACCAUUAAGUGUCUGAUUCAGAUGGGAGCAGCAGUGGAGGCGAAGGAUCGUAAAAGUGGCCGCACAGCCCUGCAUUUGGCAGCGGAAGAAGCAAAUCUGGAACUCAUUCGUCUCUUUUUGGAGUUGCCGAGCUGCCUGUCUUUCGUGAAUGCAAAGGCUUACAAUGGAAACACUGCCCUCCAUGUUGCUGCCAGCCUGCAGUAUCGAGUGACACAGUUGGAUGCAGUCCGUCUGUUGAUGAGGAAGGGAGCAGACCCGAGCACUCGGAACUUGGAGAAUGAGCAGCCCGUACAUUUGGUUCCCGAUGGCCCGGUGGGAGAACAGAUCCGGCGUAUCCUGAAGGGGAAGUCCAUUCAGCAGCGAGCACCACCGUACUAGCUCCAUGGCUUGGAGCCUGGUCAGCAACACUCACUGUCAGUUAGGCAGUCCUGAUGUAUCUGUACAUAGACCAUUUGCCCUGUACUGGCAAAUGUAAGUUGUUUCUAUGAAACAAACACAUUUAGUUCACUAUUAUAUAGUGGGUUAUAUUAAAAGAAAAGGAGAAAAAUAUCUAAUUUUCUUGGCAGAUUUGCAUAUUUCAUGCCCAGGUAUCUGGGAUCUAUACAUCUCAAUUUAUCUGAAUGGUAAAAUUGCAUUCAACAAGCAGUAGCUUUUGGGUAGAAAGAGACUCACGGGAAGAGGCUUGAUUUGUGGCAUAAAGCAUUGCUCAUGUAGCUCUUGCCAGUUUACAAUUAGGUGGACUUGAAAACACGGGAAGAAAAUUGAAAGCCUUUGAAAGGGGACAAAAAAUGUGGAUGUCCUGUUGAUGCCUCCCUGGUCUGAUACAGGAGCUGGUGGUUAAUACUCUCACUCUUUCACUAGGUGAGAGAGUUCUCUGUGGUUAGGAUGUGAUCUUUGAAGCUGUACAUAACUGUUAUUUUUACCUUUAAAAUGUUGUACAUAUUUGAUUGUUAACAUGGACAUUUGUAAAUCAAUAAAAGGGAAAAGAGCUAGUGAAUUGUUACCACUUAAAAAAUUAUGCACAAUUGAAGCAACUUGUAUUGCGUAAUUGCCCAACUAUAGUUUUUGAAGGUGAAGCAAAAGGUGAAGUGUGUCCCAAAGUUGCUAUGUUUGGUUUGCAAAUGGGCUGCUGAAGCAUUGGAAAGAGGUUAUUGCACAUUCUUGAAGAGACCCUUUUUAUGAAUCACCUCUUAGAAUUUGUGAUUUACAUAAAGUUGUUAAAUUUUCUGUUUGUCCUUAAUAGAAAUUACAAAAAUUCAUUAUUGUUUCCUGUUGUCAAAUAGUAAUAUGAUGUGGUGUUUAUACUAUUCAUAAAAAUGUUUUAGAUUUUUAGUAAUGUUAAUUUUUUGACAUUAUUUUGCUUACAUUUGAUAUGCCUGGGAAGAAUAUAUUUAGCUUUGAUUGUGUGCUGAUUCUUUGUAAUAAAUAUGAUCCAUUUAAAAUGA